GGUGGGGCUGGCGGGGCAGCCGGCUACGCGCCAGUGAAGUAUGUGCAGCCCAUGCAAAAAGGACCUGUGGGACCGCCCUUCCGCGAGGGCAAGGGCCAGUACCUGGAUAUGCCUCUACCGAUGCUGCCAAUGGACCUGAAAGGAGAGCCUGGCCCCCCUGGGAAGCCCGGACCUCGGGGCCCCCCUGGCCCUCCUGGCUUCCCAGGAAAACCAGGCACCGGAAAGCCAGGGCUCCAUGGGCAGCCUGGCCCAGCCGGCCCCCCUGGCUUCUCCCGAAUGGGCAAGGCUGGUCCUCCAGGGCUCCCGGGCAAGGUUGGACCACCAGGGCAGCCAGGGCUUCGAGGGGAGCCAGGAAUACGAGGGGACCAGGGCCUCCGGGGGCCCCCGGGGCCCCCUGGCCUCCCUGGCCCCUCAGGCAUUACUGUCCCUGGAAAACCAGGUGCCCAGGGGGUUCCAGGGCCCCCAGGAUUCCAGGGGGAGCCAGGGAUCCAGGGGGAGCCUGGGCCACCAGGUGAUCGAGGCCUCAAGGGGGAUAAUGGAGUGGGCCAGCCAGGACUACCUGGGGCCCCAGGGCAGGGGGGUGCCCCUGGACCCCCUGGCCUCCCUGGUCCAGCUGGCUUGGGAAAACCAGGUUUGGAUGGGCUUCCUGGGGCACCUGGAGACAAGGGUGAGCCUGGGCCUCCUGGGGUUCCAGGCCCCAGUGGGGAGCCAGGAGCUGUGGGCCCAAAAGGACCCCCAGGGGUAGACGGUAUAGGGGUUCCAGGAGUAGCAGGGGUGCCAGGGCCACAGGGCCCAGCAGGGGUCAAAGGGGAACCAGGGACCCGAGGCCCUCCUGGCCUGAUAGGCCCCACUGGCUAUGGGAUGCCAGGACUGCCAGGCCCCAAAGGGGACAGGGGCCCAGCUGGGGUCCCAGGGCUCUUGGGGGACAGAGGUGAGCCAGGUGAGGAUGGGGAGCCAGGGGAGCAAGGCCCACAGGGCCUUGGGGGCCCCCCUGGACUUCCUGGGUCUGCAGGGCUCCCUGGCAGACGUGGGCCCCCUGGGCCUAAGGGGGAGGCAGGGCCUGGAGGGCCCCCAGGAGUGCCUGGCAUUCGGGGUGACCAGGGGCCUAGUGGCCUGGCUGGGAAACCUGGGCUCCCAGGUGAGAGGGGACUUCCUGGGGCCCACGGACCCCCUGGACCUACUGGGCCCAAGGGCGAACCAGGUUUCACGGGCCGCCCUGGAGGACCAGGGGUGGCAGGAGCCCUUGGGCAGAAGGGCGACUUGGGGCUCCCUGGGCAGCCUGGCCUGAGGGGCCCCUCAGGGAUACCAGGACUUCAGGGCCCCACUGGCCCUAUCGGGCCCCAGGGUUUGCCAGGCCUGAAGGGUGAACCAGGCCUGCCAGGGCCCCCUGGGGAGGGGAAAGUGGGGGAACCUGGAACAGCUGGGCCCACAGGGCCCCCUGGGGUCCCUGGCUCCCCAGGACUCACAGGCCUUCCUGGGCCUCCUGGGCCUCCUGGCCCCCCUGGUGCCCCUGGGGCCUUCGACGAGACUGGCAUUGCAGGCCUCCAUCUGCCCAAUGGUGGUGUGGAGGGUGCUGUGCUGGGCAAGGGGGGCAAGCCACAGUUUGGGCUGGGUGAACUAUCAGCCCACGCCACGCCGGCCUUCACCGCUGUGCUCACCUCGCCCUUCCCUGCCUCAGGCAUGCCUGUUAAAUUUGACCGAACUCUCUACAAUGGCCACAGUGGCUACAACCCGGCCACUGGCAUCUUUACCUGCCCUGUGGGCGGCGUCUACUACUUUGCCUACCAUGUACACGUCAAGGGCACCAACGUGUGGGUGGCCCUGUACAAGAACAACGUGCCAGCUACCUACACCUACGACGAGUACAAGAAGGGCUACCUGGACCAGGCGUCUGGCGGGGCUGUGCUCCAGCUGCGGCCCAACGACCAGGUCUGGGUUCAGAUGCCCUCGGACCAGGCCAAUGGCCUCUACUCCACCGAGUACAUCCACUCCUCCUUUUCAGGAUUCUUGCUCUGCCCCACAUAACCCGUGGGGGGCCCUGCUGCCCUGGCCUCCUCCUCUUUAGUGGUAGAGUGACCUUUUCAGUUACAAAGAAUCUCCAUUUAAAGAAAAAAACCAAAGGCUGAACAGAGGGGGCCAUGGCCUUGCCCUGAGGAGACUUGACCCUACAUGCAGACUGAGAGUGUUUUUGCAAGGGCCUGGCCUGCGUUCCUCUCCCCCAAAUGUGUGCAGUGUUGGGGCUGCACCCCUCUUCCUGCCCUGCCUGAUCUGCAGACAGGGCCCAGGAUACUCAGCCUGGCCCCCGUUUUGAGUCCUGGGUGCUGCUGGGACCUGAAGGAGCUGAGAGGGGGCUGAGCUCCCCCAUCCAUCCACGUGGGGACCCAGAUGGCACCUGCUCAAGGAAUGGGGCAUGCCUCCCUCAUAGUCCUUGGCUGGAGCUCCUCCAGCUCCCCCAGGAACUCCCACACAUGACAGUUUUUGUUUCUCUCCAGGGGACAGGGAGAGGAGGGGGACCAUCGAGGUGGCGCAUGGACACCUUGCCAGCACUGCCACCCCAGUGGUGAUGCUGUGGCAUCAGGCCUGUCCACAGCAGGUACCGUUGUGUGGCCCUCUCUGCGGGCUCCUGGGGAGGUCAGCUCCUUUUCACUGCUCCAGCCACAGCCAUAGGGAAAGGUGGGUUGUGAGGGGUAGGGGCAUGGAUCUGGGGCAGAACGGCAGCUCUUCCCAUUCGUCCCCGUUUCCCUGGCUGCCCCAGCUGCUCUGGCUCUGUUUAGCGAGAGGGCUGCCACACAGACCCCUAGGGACUUCCACAGGCCAGAAAGAUCAAACUCUGUGAAGUGUGUACAAGUGUCUAGCACAGAUGGUGGCACAAGGCAGGACUGACAAUUAACAAGUGUCCCUCCCUUUCUCUCCUAUCACCUGCUGCAGGGGGACUGGUUUUCUCAUACCUAAUUGUAAAGGGAUUCUUGCCACCCCCAACUCGUCUCCCCAAGGCAGAGAGCUUCUUGUCUAGCCCUCUGAAUAAGGUGCACCCAAGUUCGGGGAUGAAGUCUCCCACUUGCUUUUCCUUAAUAACCACAUGGGGGGUAUAUGUGUCUACUAGAGGGGUUAAUCUGUGAGGGCUGCCUCUCUUUCUACCCGCUGGUUCCAAUUUCCUGUUCUAAGCAGGAUUAGGGACCAGGAGGCUGAGGCUCUGAGAGAAAGGGUGCCAAUGGGCCCCUUUGGAAUGGGUUGGCUCCUGAUGUUUCCCCAGAGCCCCUCUGCAGGAAACAGGAUCCCCCUCACAACCCCUCAGCCCCUAGCUCAAGCUGAGUGGAUGAAACUGAGGUUAGUGCAGGGGGCAGGGAUAUGGACAUUCUUGGCCAGGCAAGGAGGACCACUUCCCCAGGGGCUCGAGGCCUCUCCCUCAGCCCUCACCACGCCAGCCCACUUCCCUGUGCCGGGUGUGAACCUGGGUCACACGAUGUGAUCUCGUUGCACUGCUCCAAAUCUGGCCCGCUCCAGACUGCCCGUGAUGGUAAUGGAGGUGACUGCCGACUGCUGACUCGCUGGGCAGCAGUUCUUCAGGCUCCUUGCCAACCCUCCUUCCCUGCCCACAGCUUCUCCAAAUGAAGCAGGCUAUUUGACUGCUCACUUUAGCUUUCAGAAGCGAAAACCCAAAUCUGCCCGUGACAUUUUAAGAAAAGGUUUUCUUUGGGGGGGGGGAGUUCAUGGUGGAUUUCUUACUCCCUAACACCUGGUGGGG